AUGAAGUAUGCCGUUCCAAAUUAUAAAAUACCAAACAGAAAGUCCUUUACCAAACUGUUAGGCGAAAAAUACAAAAAAGUGUCUGGGGACUAUAAACAAUAUUUAAGAAAAGCUACCGAUUUAACAUUUACCACACAUGUAUGAACUGAGGCAAUGAACACCCGCAGUUUUUUGGGAGUCACAGCGCAUUUCACUUACAAUGGUCAAUUAACGAGCGCAAUGUUAGGCGCGUAUGAAUUUUCGACCAGUCACACAGCUGAACAUUUGAAGGAUAAACUGAAAGAUGUGUGCGAGGAAUGGGGGAUAGCGCUAAGUAAAAUAACUGCUAUAGUCACAGAUAAUGGGCCCAAUAUUGUUAAAGCGGUGGACUUAUUCCUAGGGAAAAUUUUUCAUUUGGCGUGCUGUGCCCAUACACUGAAUUUAAUUGCCGAAAGGUCAAUUAAAUCGGUGGAAGGUAUAGUAGAACUGCUACAAAAUGUAAGAACCAUCGUGACAUGGUUUCCAACACGCUGGAACUCAACGUUUUACAUGAUUGAACGUUUUAUUUUGCUACGAGGAGAUGUAAACGAAAUUGUAAACAACUACGUAUCCGCUCCUGCAAUGAUAACUUCCAAGGAAAUUGAAGAACUCAGAUCUAUUGCAGAGAUACUGCGUCCAUUGGAAGCAGCAACAGCGGAACUGUGCGGGGAAAAAUACGUGACGGCUAGCACAGUAAUACCCUUGAUUAAUGGAAUCCAACACGAGUGUUCCAAAUUGUCGCCUACACAUGAUUCAGCUUUCAAAUUAAGACAGGCUGUGUUGUCUGAAAUUGAAUAUCGUUUUGGCCAAGUGGAAUCUGUUCACUUUUUUGCCAUUGCGUGUCUGUUAGACCCAAGGUUUAAAAAGCUGCAUUUUAAGAAUCCUCUCGCUUGCUCGCGUGCAAUCACUCAAAUCAAAGAAAAUAUGCGGAUGAUUGCCCAUAAGAAAACUGAAAAUCUUCCGGAAGAAUCAGGUGCAAAUGGUGAAUCUAAGAAUUCAGUCACCGCCGAAGAAAAGCCGGGAUUUUCUGUAUGGAAUGUACAUCAUGGCCUGGUGAAAAAAGUUCAGAGCCAAAAAAAUGACAGCUUCCUCGAUAGCGAUUCCGUAACAGAAGAACUAAAUAUGUUUCUGAAGAGCCCAAUUACUCCAUUCAAAUCCGACCCUAUCCGCACAUAGUUGGAUAUGACAUCUGUUUACCCUAUCUUAUCGCAAAUAGCUCUUAAGUACCUCAGCGUGGUGGCAACGUCCGUGCCUUGUGAAAGGCUUUUCUCCAAAACUGGGCAAAUAAUGAUGGAUAA